CCUGCAACGGUAAGCACCUUGACCAUCCAGGUAUGUGUCAACGUUGGGGAAUUUGAUCUGGCUGUGAGGUCUGCAACCAUCCAUGACAAUAAUAUGAGUGGAAUCAUCAGAUAUGAGAAGGUUUGGCUGAUAAAGAGUCCACCGUCCUGUUCUCCACUCCUAUUCCUCUCAUUAGUUAGAUCGGUGAUCCGCCAGUAUAAACGUCUUCCGACUUUGACAGCGUCUUUCUCUCGACAUUUGAGUAAAAGGUUUCCUGACGCGUCUUUGAGGCUUUGA